AUGAGCGUUUUGCAAAACGUUCACGGAGCGAGAGCAACAGCUGCUGCUUGGCGUCUAACCCGUACCAACGGUGUUUCCGGACCACGUCGAAGCUUCAGUGACUGGAACGAGCGAGGACACGACAUAACGUACGAAUCAUUGACUUUUGGUGAAAGGCCCAAAAUAAUACUGCAGGGUUACGCACCGACCGGCUUUGAUGUCUUGAAUACUGUCAAGAAAAUAGACGAAAACGAGCAGAUUGAAUCCGGUACAGUUCACAUGAACGGAAGUAUCAUGGCGUUUCCUUUUGGGUGCUUCCUGUGGGGUGUUACCAAGCCGGAGGAUGUCACACUGGAGUCCAUCGCGUCUGUGUUCCUGCACAAACCAAGUUUAGAAUACCUAUUCAUUGGAUGCAACGGACCCAUUCCGCUACCGCAAAUUGAUCGGAUCAAGAUAGGGUUGAGCAAGAAGAACUGCGUGGUAGAAAAGAUGAACAUAUCAAACGCAAUUGGUACCUUUAACAUUUUGAAUGCAGAAGACCGGCAAGUGGCAGUUGCCUUAAUUUUGGAUAAGGGUGAUGAAACCGAAUAG